UUUUUACCUUAUGGCUUUUCACAACUAGACCAUGUGGUAUACUGUUACUAUUUUUUUUCUGCAUAACAUUUCUUUGGAGGGAAUUUUUUCAUUUGUUUUUUAUACUUGUCACUAAUUUCUUCCCAAACUUUCCUUCAUUUGUGCCAACUAAUCCUUUUACUAUGUUCAAACUGAUUAGAUAUUCAUUCUUAGAGAUGUCUUCUGUUCUGGUAUGUUCCAAUUUGGAUUGGUUUACUCUAGAUUUGCUAUAAGCUUCUUGGGUUGGUGUAUCCUUUUACUGUCAUUUUGUGUGUGUUAAUCUCCUGACUUCUUUCUUAUCAUCUCUACCUUCUUGAGAAACUGUGUGGGAGAUAAAUUUCUUGAGAUCUUACAUGUCUUUUGUCACGAUUGAUAAGUUGGCAAGGUAGAGUUCCAGAUUGCGAAUAACUUUUCCUUAGAAUUAUUUUAAAGGCAUUGGCUCAUUGUUUUCUGUCUUCUAAAUGUUGAGAAAUGCAGUGCUAUUCUGAUUCUUAAUUUUUUGUUUUUGUGUCUAUUCCCUCUCACUCCCACCCCAGACCUCUUAGGAUCUUCUCUUUGUAUGUAAUGUUUUGAAAUUUUCCUAAUGAUGUGUCUUGGAGUGGGUCAUUCAUUGUGCUGGGUACUUUAAACUUUAUUUAUUUACUUUUUUUGCUUCUAAGUAUGGAAAGUCAAGUUCAUCAGUUCUAGGAAGUUUUCUUUUUAAGAUUUUUUAUUUUUCCUUUUUCUCCCAAAGCCCCUGGUACAUAGUUGUGUACUUUUAGUUGUGGGCCCUUCUAGUUGUGGCAUGUAGGACGCCGCCUCAGCAUGGCUUGAUGAGCCGUGUCAUGUCUGUGCCCAGAAUUUGAACCAGCGAAACCCUGGGCUGCCGAAGCAGACCGCGUGAACUUAACCAUUCGGCCACGGGGCCAGCCCCAAAGGAAGUUUUCUUGAGUAAUUUGUGGAUUCCCCCAACUCCCUUUCUUUUUCUGAAAAAUAAGUUAUUUGGAUGUUGGAUUUCCUGGCUUAGUCUUCCAAUAUUCUUAUAUUUACUCUUCUGUUUUCCAUCUUUAUUUUUCCUUCUGGGAGAUUUCCUAAACUUUUUUUUCUAAUGUAUCUAUUUAGUUUCCUUUUUUUCUGUCAUAUUUUUUAAAUGUCCCAGAUGUUUUUUGUUUGAGUAUUCCUUUGUUUUGAAAUCUUUCAUAUUAAAGCCCUUUCCAGAUUCUUAGUUGUUUGCUCUUAUUAAAGAGUGGGACUAUAAAAAGCUAAUUGGAAGGUCUGUUUGGGGUGGGAUGGGGCUUACUGAACAUGGGCUUCACUAUCCUGUGAUCUGGGUGAGUUGUUAUACUGGGAAAUCCCUGAUAUUGGUAUCUUUAGAUCUUUUCUUUUAUAGGAUUUUAUGGGAUAUAAGAUUCCCUGGAGAAGGCUUGUAUAUCCUCUUAAAGAUACAAGCCAGGCUGCCAGAUUUCUGGGAAUAAAGUGGGGAAAAAAGGCUUAGAGGUUCACCUUCCCAUGCAUAAACUUAAACUUGAUCCCUUUGUUUUCAGCAACCUUUAACUGUGCCUGAUGCUGUGCAGUUCAGAGCCUAUGUAUUUACCCUCUCAAGUCUUGUGUCAGUUUUGAGGAGGGGCAGUUCCUUGGGUCCACAGAGGAGGGAGGGGAUCCACAGGUUUAUUUGCUUCUUAGUCUUUCAACCUACCCUCUUUUUAGCCCCACCUUCACCUCCACGUUCAGUUACCUGGUGUCACUAAUUCUACUGGAGCCUUUGGGAGUUCUGAGAUGCAAAUCAAGUUGCUUUUCUGCUUUCUCAUUGCUGGCUUUAGGAUUCAUCUUUCAUCUAAGUUAAUUAUCUUUCAUCUAAAGACUUGCCACUUUCCAAAAUUUUUUUUUCAUACUCUAUUCUUGUGGGUAUUGCCUUUUAAAAAUUUAUUUUAAAAUAGUAAGUUUUACUAUUUUAAUAUUUACUAUUAAGAUUUACUAUUUUAGUAACGUUUCAGAAAAGAACAGAGGCUACUGUGUGCAUUCAUUCUCUCAUAUGCUGUCUUUCACGGGUAUUCUGCCUGAAAUCUGUAUACUAAUAUUUUUUCAGGCUAAGAUACCUUAAUUCCAUCCAGACAUAUAGGAACAGUACAGAUCCUCGUCUUUCUUCAUAUUCAUUGUUUACAGCAUACAGUGCAGAAACUAGAGAAAAUGGAGUAAAUGACCUGGAAAACUUGCUUUAUUACAUGAAACCUAAACUGUGAUGUCAUGGUUAAAAACUUGAUAAGCAUUUUGAAAUGUUCUGGUCUUGUUUUUUUGUCCCUGAAUUUGCUUGUUUAAAACAGAUGUAUGCAUUUUUGUGUAACGUAUUUUGCACUUACUUUACUCUAUUACUAGUAUCACAGUCAAGAGCUAGUUAUGCUCAAUGUAUGUGGCAGACAUACUUCAACUGGAGAAUUGGAUGGAGAUGAUCUUGCCUGCAUCUUGAGUUCAGAGUCUAGUUUACUGUGAAGGGGGCAUACCUAUUUUAGUUCUUCCACAUUAUUUUGUGCUCAGGCACGUCCCUUUCCCCUGAAUUUACUUUCCCAUUUAAACUGGUUGCUUUUAAAAUUUGCAUUGUAAAACGAGGCGAAACGGCCUUUUUGCUUAUACCUGCCUGUUUCCUACACAUUAAGAAUGACAAAGCGGGUAAAACUACGCUAUGCAGGUACUCUUCCUUUACAAAGGCUGGGCGAAGGUAUUUUUUCGGAGCCAGUUCAGACGAGACAGGAAUUGGUUACCCUGGCAUUACCUCAAACUACAAAUGAGUAGCUUUCUUCAUCCGGACGCCUUCCCACCCUCAUUACUCUGGCCAGGCUUUUUUGAUGCUUCUGGCUCCCACCACAAAGUUCCUUUCGUUCUUCACAGGAUCAGUUACAACAGGCGUCCAACGUUCUCGGCUCUAGUUUUAUCUGUAACGCACGUUAAAGUUACAGAGGUAGCAUUUACUGGAUGUGAGCCUCACAAUCCUGCCGGGCAGCCGGGCGGGGUGUUCGGAGGUGCCCCGCUGGUCGGUGCAGGCACGGAUCCGUCCCGCCCGCCAGGUGCGGAGCGCGCGCGCGAGGACGGCGCAGCCGGAUGUGCGAGGGCUCCUUGGAGGCGGCUUCGGCUCCAGGAGCGCGAGGACCGCCCGGCCGAGGGUGCCGCCCUGGAGACCAUUUCGUGUCUGGGCCCAGAGAUCAUUGGUAACGAUGCGGUGGGCUGUUCUCCAAAGUAACCCAGGCUCGGCCGGCUUAAGCCUCGGGGUGAACGUCUCUGCGCCAGCCGCCAGGAGCCGCCAAUCUUCAGAGCAGCGAGCAGGGGAACGCACGCUGUCCUACUUUACGGCAAGGGUGCGCGAGUUUGCGACAGUGUGACGCGAGCAAGUUUUGGCGGGAAAAGCGCCGCAUUUGGAUUCCUGUGGUGGUAGGCAAAGGACGGCCUGCCGUGGCGCGUAGUGGAGUCAUGGCAGUGCCCUUUGUGGAAGACUGGGACUUGGUGCAAACCCUGGGAGAAGGUGCCUAUGGAGAAGUUCAACUUGCUGUGAAUAGAAGAACUGAAGAAGCAGUUGCAGUGAAGAUUGUAGACAUGAAGCGUGCCAUAGACUGUCCAGAAAAUAUUAAGAAAGAGAUCUGUAUCAAUAAAAUGUUAAAUCAUGAGAAUGUAGUGAAAUUCUAUGGUCACAGGAGAGAAGGCAAUAUUCAGUAUCUAUUUCUGGAGUACUGUAGUGGCGGAGAACUUUUUGAUAGAAUAGAGCCAGACAUAGGCAUGCCUGAACAAGAUGCUCAGAGGUUCUUCCAUCAACUCAUGGCAGGGGUGGUUUAUCUGCAUGGUAUUGGAAUAACUCAUAGGGAUAUUAAGCCAGAAAAUCUCCUAUUGGAUGAAAGGGAUAACCUCAAAAUCUCUGACUUUGGCUUGGCGACAGUGUUUCGGCAUAAUAAUCGUGAACGUUUAUUGAACAAGAUGUGUGGUACUUUACCUUAUGUUGCUCCAGAACUCCUAAAGAGAAAAGAAUUUCAUGCAGAACCAGUUGAUGUUUGGUCCUGUGGAAUAGUACUUACUGCAAUGUUGGCUGGAGAAUUGCCGUGGGACCAGCCCAGUGACAGUUGUCAGGAAUAUUCUGAUUGGAAAGAAAAAAAAACAUACCUCAACCCUUGGAAAAAAAUUGAUUCUGCUCCUCUAGCUUUACUGCAUAAAAUCCUAGUUGAGAAUCCAUCAGUAAGGAUUACCAUCCCAGACAUCAAAAAAGAUAGAUGGUACAACAAACCACUCAAGAAAGGGGCAAAGAGGCCCCGAGUUAGUUCAGGUGGUGUAUCAGAGUCUCCUAGUGGAUUCUCUAAGCACAUUCAAUCCAAUUUGGACUUUUCUCCAGGACAUGCUGCUUCAAGUGAAGAAAAUGUGAAGUACUCCAGUUCCCAGCCAGAACCGCGGACAGGUCUUUCCUUAUGGGACACCAGCCCUUCAUACAUUGAUAAACUGGUACAGGGGAUCAGUUUUUCCCAGCCCACAUGUCCUGAUCAUAUGCUUCUGAAUAGUCAGUUACUUGGUACUCCAGGAUCCUCACAGAACCCCUGGCAGCGCUUGGUCAAAAGAAUGACACGAUUUUUUACCAAAUUGGAUGCAGACAAAUCUUACCAAUGCCUGAAAGAGACUUGUGAGAAAUUGGGCUAUCAAUGGAAGAAGAGUUGUAUGAAUCAGGUUACUGUAUCAACAACUGAUAGAAGAAACAAUAAACUGAUUUUCAAAGUAAAUUUGGUAGAAAUGGAUGAGAAGAUUUUGGUUGACUUCCGGCUUUCUAAGGGUGAUGGAUUGGAAUUCAAGAGACACUUCCUGAAGAUUAAAGGGAAGCUGAGUGAUGUUGUAAGCAGCCAGAAGGUUUGGCUUCCUGCCACAUGAUAGACCCAUUGGCUCUGGGAUUCCUGGUGAAUAUGGUGCUGCUAUGUUGACAUUAUUCUUCCUAGAGAAGAUUAUCCUAUUCUGCAAACUGCAAAUGAUCCUGAACAGUUGUUUUCCCCAAACAAUUUCCACUUCUGUUUGUAUGUUCUUCAUAAAAGUAAUACCUAUAUUUUAAUUGUAAAUAAAACUUUGGGGAAGGGAUGGAUAGAAUUCAUUAGAUAUUUCUUCAUCUGUGUUUAGUGUCUGAAUUUGAGACCCAUCUGGUGGAAACCAAGCUUUGGGGAUACACGAAUUUACCAGCUUUUAUACCAACAUAAUAAAAGAUGAUAUUUUUGUCCUGUUUUUAAAAUAACAUUUAGUUUCUUCCAAAAAAUACAUAUUUCCUCCAUGUUGAUUUAAUUAUAUGGAUGAAUUAGUAAAAACAGUCCUUGUGACUUUUGGACAGUAGAUUUAUCAGUCUAUGAAGUAACAUCAACUUCAAAAAAUAUAUCCCCAAGAUUUGUACUUAUACUUUCAAAAGGGCCUGACGAGGUAUAUAAACCUGUUUUUGAAUUAUAACUAUUAAUUAAAAUUGCAAGAAGGUAUGUUUUUUUUGGUGUAGUUAAUAAUAUAUAAAAUACUGGUUGGUCUUUCGAGUAGAAGUGGAGCAUAAACUCUAGUGCUUAACUGUCUUUACUCUAAAAUUACUGUUGCACAUUUUAAAUAUUUUUCUAUAUUAUUUUCUACUUUCACAGCCAUAUUUUAAUUCUUUAUUAAAAAAUAAAUUCUAUUUUGAAAAUGAAUAAUUAACUCUGUGAACUUA